AUGCGGCCAUUACAAAGUAUUAGAGAGAUCGGAAAUAUGGCCAAGAAACUUAAUCAGCAACCUGCACUUCACAAAGUGAUAAUGGUUGGAAGCGGAGGUGUUGGAAAAUCAGCACUGACAUUACAAUUCAUGUACGAUGAGUUUGUGGAAGAUUAUGAACCCACCAAAGCUGAUUCCUACCGAAAGAAAGUAGUGUUGGAUGGUGAAGAAGUACAAAUUGACAUACUAGACACUGCUGGUCAGGAAGAUUAUGCAGCCAUCCGAGACAAUUAUUUUCGAAGCGGUGAAGGAUUUUUGUGUGUCUUUUCAAUAACUGAAGAUGAUAGCUUUCAGGCAACACAAGAAUUCAGAGAACAGAUCCUGCGGGUGAAAAAUGAUGAAAAUAUUCCGUUUUUGUUGGUUGGAAACAAAAGUGAUUUGGAUGAGAAACGCAAAGUUACUCUUGCUGAGGCAAAUAGUAGAGCACAACAGUGGAAUGUUCCUUAUGUGGAAACUUCUGCAAAAACUCGAGAGAAUGUUGACAAGGUGUUUUACGACCUGAUGAGGGAGAUUCGAUCUCGCAAGAUGGAGGAUAACAAAACGAACAACGGCCGGGGAAGGGACAAGAGCAAGAGGAAGAAACUGAAGUGUGUCAUUCUCUAGGUCGGGUCUUAUUUUUGUGCAUACCUGCUUUUCUUAAGCAGGGUUCCUAGAUCCCUCUUCCAAUUAAAAUUAGUGUCAUUAAACUUUUGCCGUUCUUUUGAGCAGUGGUGCUCUGCCGUGUUCUUAGGAUAUGGUGUUUGUAUUUUUAAGCCCUUUGCUUAUAUAUGAGGAGUUUUUUUGACCUUACUGCCAGAGACUAUUCAAUAGAAGGGAGGUGACAUAAAAAACAUCAUAAUGUUUAUAUUUUUUUAAUAAGACUAAUUGGAAUUUGGGUUUUGUUACAAAGCUGCUGAAUUGCCUACUAUAUUUUUAUUUCCAUAAUUUCUUCUCGUAAUUAUGAAAUCAUGGGAAGUGUAGAUGGUGUGUUUCAGACUUGAAAGAAAUGUAUAAUCUUAAGAGAAUAUCAACUUCAGAAAUAAUUAUGGUUUCUAGCAUGAAACACUAAUUGCCAAUUGAUAUCAGGGAUAUAUUUAUAAGCUUCUAGGGGCACCACUGCUAAAGUAACUCAAACCUCGUGUGAAGUACUCACUGUUUUGCACUGAGAGCUUCACACUAUGCUUGAAAAGAACUUUGACUGUUUUGGGUCAUGGAACCCUGCUGCUUUGUAUGGUGUGAUGAACAAUCUGCAUGGAAUAACCAGUAAAAUGUGUUUGAGGUCAAUUUGCAGGACUGCACUCCUUAAAAUAGUAACAGUAUGUUGUGCAGGAUGUACAUUUAUGUUGUGUCUACAGGGAAUGGUUUCUAUGUGUGACCAAGUUACCUGUUUUAGUUUUUGUUGCAAUUGUUGCUUUGCAUAUUAACUACUAAUGUGUCAUUUAAACAUUUUUUGGGCUUGCUUUUUCCUUUCAGUUACUAACUUUUUCUGAGAAAAUUGGUUUUUGGUGCUGCGUGCUGCUUCUGCAUUUUAAUUUCAACCAAUUGACUUGAUUUGAAUUGGCUAUGAUGUUAUUAUGGGUACAAAACUUCGAUAUUAUUGUGAGAAUAUUCCUCUAAGAAAUUUCAGUAUUAGUGAACAUUACUGUUUCAUACAUUUUAUAAUUUUUAUUCUAAAAUAUUUGUAGGAUUUAUAUUAUUGCCAUUUAUACAAUGCUUGUUUUUAAGCACAUUGUAAAAGAAAGUAAAUGCUCUUGCAACUGUUGAGUAUGGGUCUCUGUGAAAUAUUGAAUUAUUUGUGGCACCAAAAAUUUCCAUUCCAUUUGCAUCUGAUUGAGCUUUUCAAGUAAGCUUUAUAAUAAGAUAAUGUCACGCAAGAUAAGUGGGGUAUUAAGAGUAUUGCAAAGAUACACAUUACAAAUGAUUUUGAAUCAUAGUUCGUGAAUACUUCAUUUUAACAAAUUUAAAAAAUUCUGUUUUUGAUAUUGCAUUUCCAAUUUUUGUUUUCUCUCUCUUGUUUUAACGCAUAAAUUAAUUUUUCCUUUUACAGAAUAAUUUUGUUGCAUGUUCAUGACAAAUUUUCUUUUUUUUACAUAUUUAUUGUAUAACUAAUUUUCCUUCAAUAUGUUUAAAUUAAAUUUAUAAUAUAUUCCAAAUAAUCAUUAGGGAGGGUCUACACAGGAUAAUGGAGAUAAAGAUGUCAUAAUUUCCUGGUGUCUGUACAGUUCUGCAUGCCUUCGAUAUGUUACUCUCAUUGUGUAUUGAAAUAUGGAUUGAUAUUUGCCAUAAUUCUUUUCACUGUGAGUGAAAUUAAAAAUGUCAUAAUAUGUUAUUUAUUUUGACCAUAUUAUUGGCAGAAAUUUGUGUAAAAAAAAAAAAAAUGUUAUAAAAUUUUGACUCUUGCCUUAAAUUCAUUUUGAAAUGUAGUGGAAUUGAAACAUUAGUAUUAUUAUAUUUGCUCAGAAGGAUUGCUUCAAGCAAUUAUCAGUGCACAAAGAUGUAAUUCUAAUUACUUAAUCUAAGAAUGAAAUCUCAUUUAUUGUGCUUCCCAUUGAUGGGUUGAAUCAAAAAUUGAUACAAAGAGAGAUAGUAUUGUCAUAUUUUUUAAUUCAUGAAAAAGAUGUAUAGAUUAGUGCAAAAUGAAUUUUUUAUACUUAUCAAUUUUUCACAGUGAAUGUAAUUGUAAAAUGAUGUUAGCCACAUCAUGUUAAGUUGCAAGAGAUGCAAUACAUAUUCUGUUUAUUUGCUCGUGUGAAAGAUUUUACCUUGAAAAUUUCCUCCUAAACACAAAGAAAGGUGUCAUUAUUAACCCUGAUAUGCCAAUUGUUCUUUUAGUUUGACAAUAUUUAGCACUUUGAGUUUCACUCCUAGUUAAUUAAUCAGUCGUCUUUGAGGUAGUGUUCUAAUUGACUUCUUUUUCAGAAUUAGAUGAACUAAUAAUUUGAAUACAAGACAAGCUAAGAUAGUAAGGAGGGGAAAAAUCAUUGUUUAGUUUUGCUUUUGAAUUUCUCACAUCAUUUUCACUGUAUUGUAGUUUUCAAAGCUUAUCUCUUUUCAAUCCAAAAUUGUUUUAAUAACUUAAGUCAAAUAGUCAGUUAAAGAUGUGAAAAUCAUGUCUUGUGACUAAAAUAAACAUCAAUGAUUGGAAUGUUAUUGAGAUUAAUUAGUAAGAAUUCUUUUAAAGCAUUGAAAAUAAAGGUAUAGCAACAUUUGUUACACAGUUCUCACAAUGACAUGAAUUAUUUUUUGUGGCUGAAAGCAAUGACAAGAAAAUAGACAAUCUGUUUGAUAUAUAGAUGUGCUCAUAAUGUUCUACAAAUGGUACACAUCAUUCAGGGGAAUGAGGAUGUUACAUCUAGAAACGAAUCAUGAUUGGCAACAACUGCAGAAGCUGAAGUACAGUGGAGUCUAAAUAAUUUUACUUUGGAUAAUUCGAAAAAAAAAACUGUUCUUGAAAUCAUUAUUUAGAUCAAGGUUAAAAGUAAAUAAUUCAAAUUUACGGAAAUAAUUAUGCGUGAAUAAUUCAAAAGAUUUUAUUGCACUAAGAAUUCAAAGAGAAAAUUCUUUGUUUUUUCUUGAAAUGUUCCAAAUUGUUACUGAACAAAUUAUUACAAGAAUGCGAAGCUUGCUUGAUGGGGAGGGGUGGUGGUAGUGAUAAUGUUUCAAAUGAUAUUGUGAACAUAAAUUUUAAGGAUAUUUGUAAUCCUAAUUUAAAGAACAGAGUGGAUUGCAUUUAAGUUCAAGUAAAACUUGAUGUACUUUAAGAAGUGGUUCCAGGAAUUUAUCACUAAUAGAACUAUCUGUUUCCUUGCGAUAAUUUAUUAAUUAAGCAACUGUUUUCUACUACUACGGAACAAGAAAUCACUAUUACGAAUAUCAAUAUAGUAUAACUCUUAUAACUUAUUCUUCUGUCCUGCCUUCCCCCGCACCUGCGCCAUCACAUCCACCCACUCGCACUCCUGAUCUUGCUCUACCUUACGAAGUUCAUACCUUGCCUUAUUGUCGGUGCUCACCUGGCCCCCCACACCAUACAGCCGUGUUUGCCUACAAAUUAUUGUUGCUGAUAAUUGUUGCUGUGGGUAGCAGUAAACAUGCAUUGUUAACGUAUUCAUGGCAAACUAGUCAGUAAUAAUUGUGACAUAUAAUUACUCAAACAUAACUGCAUUAUUUAGAUGAAUCAAAUGUUAUUUAGAAGAAAAUUUUAUGGGCUUUAAAAAAUGUUUAAUUACUUUAAGUGGUAUUUAUUAGUGAAAUUUGCUCAGCCACAUCGAAAUCAGUUCAUCUAUUCCUGAACUUUCCCUGGACAAACAGACAGACAGCCAAAAAUUGUAAAAAUAAUAUAAUUAGGAUGAAUAACAACUUCAGAACUAAAUUACCUACUUUUCUCAUUCAUAAUAGGAUGAAAUUGUGCUUUAUGAAUUUGUCCGCGUGUCAAUUCUCCUUUUAGAAGGAUACCUAUUGAUUGCUAAAUAACUUAUAUCCAAAUCAUUUUCAAACCUCAUAUUUAUUAAGCAUUACUGAAGUGUAAAAGUAACUCAAAAUUAAAAGAAAUAUUUUAGGUGUAUCUGGGUUAAUGUGACAUUGUUAGUUUUUGAUAAUUUCUACCAUGUUUAUUAUGCAUGUGCAGGAAUACUUUCUUUUACUACAAUAAUACAGCAUUUCUGCAACUUAUUUCAGUACAUGCAGUACAUAUUUCAGUACAUAUGUACGUGUAUUCAUACUGACUAUUUGUGUGUAAAUUAAGUUAAAUAAAUUGGAGUUUCUUAGUUUCAGUUGUCUUUAAUGGUUGCUAAAAAACAACAAAUGGAUCUAUUUUUAACUUAUGGUACAUUUAUAAUUCCAAAAGCCAACAUAAAUAUUAAACAGAAGAGAUAGUUAAAAUGUCUGAUGUUAUUAUUUUCACAGGUCUUCUAUGAUUUGAUGCGAAAAAUCACAGCUCUGAAAGCAACGGAAAAAAAUGUGAAUGAGCGGAAU